GGCAGCAACAUAAAUGAAUAAAAAUAAAUAUUUACUUUAUUGGAUAAAAUAAAACAUAAAACAAAUAGAGGUGCGCUAAUUUUAACGUUAUAGGCAUAGAAAGGCAGCAGGUUUAAAUGACAGAAACCGUGUGGCCUAUGGUUUCAUACAUUUUAUUUAUAUCCGAAAUAUUGGGAAUAGUCAGCUGAGUUGUGAUAGAUCCAUAGAUUUAUACUGGAACUUGGAAUUGGAAAUAGAUCUCGGUGUUCGCCGAUAGACCAGUCCGGUUUCACAUGUCUUAGUCUUUACACCUCUUGCGUGCAGAAAAUGCCAACGGUAAUAGCAUUGGAUGUAUCUCUGUCUAUGAGUCGUUUGGUAAAGACAGAAGGUAGUGAAGAAUACGAUAAACGUCACUUGGCUAUUCAUGGUAUUAAUACAUUAUUAGACCAAAUUAAUGCACAUUCUAAAUUAGAAUUUGUUUCUUUGGUUGUCUUUUCAUAUCUUUAUGAACAACUAGUUUCGUUCACAAGAGAAUAUGACACAAUUAAAACAGCACUGAAUAAAGUGGAAGUAUAUAAUAAAACCUGUAUAGAAACAGCUCUCAAUGGUAUCAGUGCUAUUAUUUUAGAAGAAUGGGGAAACAGUUCACCAUGCCAGGUAAUACUGAUAACUGAUGGAAGUCCUGGUAUUGGUCAAGGUUCAUUGAAAAACUUUCUACUGUCUUACAGUCAAAAUGAUGCAAAAACAAACAAUGCUAAAUCACCUCUUCCUUUUAAAUUCCCGUGUAAACUUCAUGUUGUGUGCAUGGCCAAUGGAAGUGAUCCAGAUUUUAAAAAUUCUCUGUCUAUGUAUGAGAAAAUGAUAGAAAUAAAUGGACAAGGCGGUGAAGUGUUUUAUCCUGAAAGUACUCUUAGUUUAAAAUCAGUGCAACAAACAUUCAGUAAUUUAGCAGAAAAAUAUUUUCAUCCAUUUCAUGGUGUGUUACAUUGUGGUAAUUUAAAAAAUUCUGUUCAGUUAUUUCCUCAUCCUGUGCCAUAUUUUGUUGAUUCUGAUCUAGGUAAAAUAGAAAGAAAUAUAUCACAUGAUAUACAUAUCUGUGGUUUUAUGGACAUAAGUGAUGUAUCUAGUCCACCAACGAUAUCCAGACAUCUGGUUAUACCUAUGGCUAAAGAUAAAAUAAAAUUAGAUGAUUCCGUAAGUAAAGAUGGUAAGAAUGGUAAAAGUGAAGAUGAUGAAGAGGUUUCAACAGUUGAAGAAGGGAAAAUACCAGCGUUUACAGUAAUGUUACAUGGUAGUCUGAAGGUGGAGGGUAUGGUAGCUAUAGCACAAGUAGAUGAUGAUUGGUAUGCUAUGUUAUUUUCAUGGGCAGACAGCAAGAAAAAAUCUAAUUUAUUACUUGCCCUGUUUGAACCAGGUAUACAUUCAAUAAGCUGGUUGGGAUCAUUAAACAAAUUGGCGCCAGUGUCAGACUUUGAAGAAUCCCCAUAUGGUCCAGAUGACACAAAAACUCCUUUCCCUCUAAGACCAUCAGAUAAACGUAGUUAUGCUCAGAGUUGUGUUGUGUGGAUUAAACCUGGUGGCUUACAGGCUGAUUUACAGAAAGUUUUAAGACAUGCCAGAAAAUUACCUGAUAAACAACAACAGUUUUAUAAAGAGCUUAAUAGAAUAAGAAGAGCUGCGUUGUCGUUCGGUUUUUUGGAUCUACUUGAUGCCAUAGCUACAAUGUUAGACAGAGAAUGCACUAUGUUACCAGGAACAGCUCAUCCAAGUGCUGCCUUACAAUUAUCACAUGCUGCAAAUACUUUACGUAGCGAAAUGGCUUGUGAUGCCUCCCAAAUGGUUCUGCCACUACAGACUAACUUCAGUAAAAAUGAUUAAAAUGGAUAUGAGAUUAUUUACUAAAUAAUUAUGUAGAUAGAUCUAUUUGUGUAUAUUUGUAUAUAAACAAGCUAAUGAAUAAAUAUUCAUUUCAAAACAGA